GCAGAAGUGAUGCACAAGUCCUACCAGCCGCUGAAACCCGCAGCUAACCGGUUCCUGACGCAGAGAUGGGACCAGGCGAGCUAUGAGGACCACCGAGACAAGGUGAGAAAGGCCAAACCUGUGAUCGACACCAAGGGCAUCGAAACACCGGCGCAUAUUCAAAACAAUCUGAAGAAAGUCCAGUUGCAGAAAGAAAGGAUGUCCAUCAUAGAGAGAGACAAUCAUCUUCUAGCCAGCAAACUUUCUGCCAUCACUCGCUCUAACGGACUGGUGGACCACAGGAACCAUUACCCACAGUACAGUCUGAACGCACAGAAAAGGAAGGAGAAGCUUCUACAAGUGACUCACGAAAACCAGGACAUCUACCAGCGAAUCCUAACGCAGAGAUCCGACUACAGGAGGGAACUCUGGGAAGACGACUGGGAAAAGGUCAAGCGAAGGAGAGACGACAUCGCACGCUAUCCACGAGGAGAGACCAACAGACAGAAACCUAUAAAGGUGGUGAAGUUUUCUGGCCGGAGUCAGCGGUCGUCCAGCGGCGUUGAAGAAGACAGCGGGGAAACCACAGAAGAAGAAGAAGAAGAACACUAG